UUUGUGGGUUGAUGCCUCAAAAUCUUAUCAUCAACAUGUUCUUGCUAUUUUAGAGAAGCUAUAUGCUGAGAUGACUCUAGAGGAGCAGAAGAAUGAAUCAUUAAACUCAGCAACAUCGGAGAGAGAGGUGAAUGUCUCCAUUGCACACGAUAACAUUAGUUCAAAUAGAUCUGAAGCUCAGGGAAACAAACAAAGCGAUGUAUAUUUCAUAGCAAAGGUUGUACACCCAUUUGACGCUGAAGCAGAUGGGGAAUUAAGCUUAGCAGUUGGUGAUUAUGUCGUGGUUCGCCAGGUGGGUCCCAGAGUGGGUGGUCGGAAGGAGAAUGCAAGGGCAAGGCUGGAUGGUUCCCCUCUGCUUAUGUAGAAAGACAAGAGAAAGCACCAGCAAGCAAGUUGAUCGAACCAAACUCUGCGGCCUCGGCCUGAUCAACUCACGUAAAUCACUUGGAGUGAGCUGGACAAGACAGAAAAACAGUAAACAAGUUAAACAUGCCCCGCUCUGCCCGCAGCUGUGUAGUGCCGU